AUGUUGAACCUCGACUUCCAGGUUUCUGCAGUCGGUACUCUAGUCGCAGGCAAAUGGUUCACCAAAAAUGCCAACACCGAAAACGUCUUAAAGGGCGAAUGGCCGCUCUUCUUGGUCACAGGCGGCACGCUGGACACCGAGCCGCAGGUUGCUUUCUCCUCGCUGUCUGCUGCUAAGGCUGCAUCUCAAACCAUCAGCCGUCUCUUUGCGAAGGUGCUGCCCCAAGCUUCUCAGGUCGUGGUCGGCAUGCCACUGAUCAGAGCACGUAUUGCCGACCCUUCGAGCGGUGGCUAUACCGAGGGUUACCACCCUGACACCAUCAUUCAGACUGUCUUCAAGCCCUUCUUCGAAGAUCGUCAAAAGUUGCAGGAUGGAUCAAGCAACUGGACGGUCGAGCGAGUUCUUUAA